AUGGGCAUCACCGGGUUGCUGCCGUUCCUGGAAAAGGCGAGCAGCGCUUGCCAUUUGCGCGAACUCCGCGGCAAGUGUGUAGCCAUAGAUACCUACUGCUGGCUUCAUCGCGGAGCGUUUGGUUGCGCAGAACGGUUGGCCCGUGGCGACUCGACUGAUAUGCACAUUCAGUACUGCUUGAAGUACGUGCAGCUGUUGCUUUCGCACAAUAUCAAACCAAUCCUCGUUUUCGAUGGGCAGCAUCUGCCAGCGAAAGCUGCCACCGAGGCGAAGCGUCGCGAGAUCAGAGAAACUGCCCGCAAGCGUGGAGCGGAACUGUUGCGCUUGGGUCGCAUCGACGAAGCCCGCAGCUUCUUGAGACGAUGCGUCGAUAUCACCCACGAAAUGGCUCUUCAGCUGAUGCAGGAAUGUCGCAAACGCGGUGUCGAUUGUAUCGUAGCACCGUACGAAGCUGACGCGCAGCUGGCGUACCUCAAUCGCACCGACAUCGCCCAGUACGUCAUCACGGAAGAUUCGGAUCUGGUGCUGUUCGGAUGCAAUCGUAUCCUGUUCAAGCUGGACUUGACGGGCCAUGGACGGUUGGUCGAGGCGAGCAAACUGCAUCUAGCGAUGGGAUGUCGGGAGGAUCGCUACAAGUUUGCUAAAUUUCGGUACAUGUGCAUCCUGUCGGGUUGCGAUUAUUUGGAUUCCUUGCCUGGCAUUGGUCUGGGGAAGGCGUGCAAGUUCAUGCUGAAAACGGAAGAUCCCGAUAUACGCAGGGCGUUGGCAAAGAUUCCGGCAUACCUGAACAUGAGGCAGCUGUCCGUGACGGAGGAGUAUAAGGACGAGUUCCUAAAGGCGGAUGCUACCUUCAAGCAUAUGGUGGUGUACGAUCCUGUGCAACGCCGCCAGACCAGACUGGUGGACCCGGACGACGAGGGUACUCCAGAGCAGUACUGUUGCAAUGCCGGCAAGUUUUUGGAUGAGAAAGUAGCAUUCCAGCUAGCGGUUGGGAAUUUGGAUCCUUUUUCGCUGCGCAAAAUGGACGAUUGGCAUCCAGAUGAAGCGGAUGUAGAUGUGGCGGCAGGCAAGAAUCAACAUCCUAGCAUCUGGCGGAAGGAUUACAUGUUGCUAAGGGACGCAAAGCAAGCACAAAACAGCACACAAACACAGAAACCAGCCACAUUGUCGUCAUUCGUGAAGCGUGCAGUGCAUCACGUGGAGCACGCUGUUGACCAGAACACUAACGAAACGAUCACUGAUGUCUUGCAAAUUUACGGCAUUCAAAGUCCCGACGAACCACCCUCGAAACGAUCGUGCCAUGCGCAAAAGUCUUUUCAAUCCGCCGAAUCUCACGUUGCGAUUGACUAUCAAGAUGUGGAAGCGCUUGACGUGCUGGAACAAUUGGAGCAACCAAAAACGCCCAAACGCACCCGAAAUCCGUUUGCAGUCUCUCCCAACAAAUCGUUGCUGAGCCGCGAUACAUUGCUUUCGCCCACCAAAAUAACACCGGAAACACGAUCCCUGCUGCACAAUGUAAGCCCAGUCAAGCGGAUCGACUACUCUCAGCAACGCAGCCAGUUAGUAACGACAUCCAUAGUAGGCAGUGGCGCUACUUCCAGCCGAUUGAGUCGGUUUAAAACGGCCCACAGCAAGGGUGUAACUAUUUCUAAGGAUGAACCUAAAGUGAUCAGUAGAUUUUUCUGCACACAGCAAAACAAAUCACAAAGCCGUACGACGGAUACAAGUAAAGGAAGCAAUAGUAUAGCUAAAACUUCCGAAGACGACAGUCCCAAGAAGAGCUGCACAAAGCAGGAUGUCGUCUGUUCACUCGUUUCUCCCACUGCCAUAGUGAAGGACAUCAAGAGCAAGCGAGAUUCGCAUGCCCUUAAAGCGACUGCUAUUUACCUCAGCUCACCGGAAGCGCGACUGCAGAGUCGAGGCGAUCGAACGCCAGAAAAGCGCAAACGGGUGCAAAUACCUCCCGAGUCAGGGGAAAGGAGUAAUUCUGUGCUCGGUCGGUUUGACAGUGGAAUAGCAAUGAGCGAAAAUAACUCUAACGAGGACGAAGGUUCGCUAGAGUGUGAUAGCGGUACAGGAUUAAGCUCUUCCCAGAAGGAAAAUGACGACGUCGUAAUAACUCCUGUUGAAAUGGAAUGUUCCGACCUCAAGCCGCGUAAUGCCCGUUUAGCGCUAUUCGAGAGGCGGCCAGCGAAGCAGCUGAGCCAGUUGCUGGAAAGUAAAGACAACAUUGAAGAGCUCGCCAUCGUGCUGGACGACGAUAGUAGUAGCGACGAAGACACUAAAAAGCGUACUGCUGAUGCCCAACAGGCGAUAUCGGCGGAAAAAGUCCACAGCCCUGUGAAGGCAACACACAAGACUGAAACAGUGAAACCGUUCCAGCUGCCAUCAACGUCUACGGGGAAAGUAGAAGCUUCCACCAAGUCUAAGGCGCGUUCUUCAUGCAAACGACCAGGACUGUCGAUAAAUAGGAAGCAAUCUGUUCCCAAAACGGACAAUACUAAUUUAGGUUUAACGCAAACUCGAUUGUCUAUGUUCGGGUUUCAGAAAAAGCCUUCGAUGCAGCUGAAUAAUCGGUAACACUGCCAUUGCCUACAAGCCCUGAGCAACGAUUGAAAAGCGCAAAGUGUGUGAUGUUGCAAAUGUGAGCAUUUGGAAGCUUGUGAAUGAAAGAUUUUCUACAACAAUAGUUUUUUUUCCUGGACAAACACUAUGUAAGUGAAUUAUUUACCACUUGUUGAAAUAAUAUAAAUAUCAAUUCAUUUUAA